UGAAACUAUCAUGUCUUAGAGAUGAAGUUGCCCUAUAAAUGGCGGGAGCCUCCCAUGCAUCGAAAUUUCUCUCCCAAUCAUCUCUCAUUUUCUCUCUCUCUAUCGUCAACUUUUCACCAUUUACACUCCCAGCCCCUGCAAAACCCUCCAAUUAUACAAAACCCCCAAAUUUUCACCUACGAUACUGGAGGAGAAUUGGAGCAUUAUCGUAGACUUCUGUCGAUUUAAUGGAGGCUGCGACCGGUGUCGUCGCCCCACGCGGUGCUUCUCUGUCGAUGCCAUCGUCUAGGAAGGAGUGGCGUGUCGUUUCCGACCACCAUUCCGUUCGGAACGCCGGUGAUGAGGUGGAAUUGGAACGGCCAAAUUUGGGGCAAUCGGAUGAGAGAACAAUAUAUGAGGUGCAGCAUGGAAGAGCCCCUGCUGAUGUUGACUUCUGUUCGAUCAAUGUGGAUGGUAGUUUGGACAAUGACAUUAUGCAGCAGCGAAUUCAUAGUAUUACCAGGCAAAGAGAAGAGUUACAACAUAUGGAGAUUGAACUUAAAGCUCAGCUGAUCUCAAGAUCUGAGAUCAUGGAAAUGCGGAACAGAUUUGAUGCUCAAAUCAAAGAGUAUGAAGAUGCUGCUGCAAAACAUAAGGAACAACUUCUUGAAAGGGAACAAGCCAUACAUGAAUUAGAAAGCAGAAUGGAAGAGAAAGAUAGAGAAUUGCAUGCCAUUAAAUUGGAUAAUGAAGCGGCCUGGGCCAAGGAAGAUCUUCUCAGAGAGCAAAAUAAAGAAUUGGCAACAUUUAGAAGAGAGCGGGAUCAUUCUGAAGCUGAAAGGGCACAGCAUAUACAGCAAAUACGUGACCUUCAAGAACUUGUUCAAGAUAAAGAGAGGCAGAUUCUUGAAUUGCAGGAACAGCAUAGAGCUAAUCAGGAGGCCAUAUUUUUGAAGGAUGAACAAUUGAAAGUAUGGAUUGCACGCGUUCAGGAGAUGGAUGCCUUGCAAUCUACUACAAACCACUCAUUACAAGUUGAAUUACGAGAACGCACAGAGCAAUAUAAUCAACUAUGGCUCGGUUGUCAAAGACAGUUAGCAGAAAUGGAGAGACUUCAUUUGCAUACUGUACAACAGCUUCAUCUUGAGCUAGCUGAUGCAAAAGAAAGGAGUGGAACCUACCCUGAAGAGUCGCGCAUAUCCCAGACAAGCUCAAAGGAUAUAUCAAAGUUUGGUCAAAGCAAUGUAAACCAAUUAGAUGUUAAUGCAAAUGGUGCAACAAGUGCUGACAAUGGACCACUUCAAAUGGGAAUGCAGAUAAUGCUUCAAACCAGGCCAAAAGACGCUUUAGUUGUCUUCCAGGAAGAUUGUACUUUGGAUGCUUUGGGUGUCUUAUUGACCAUUGAAGGAGAAAACUUUUGGUGGGGAACUUCCAAAUUCAAUUGCAACAGUACCUUAAGUACACUCUACAUUAAAGUUAUGUUCCCCACAUUGCAACAAAUCACUGACCUCAUGUGGUUUUGCUUAGCUGUUGGAGUGGGUGGGGUUCUCACUUGUUCUUGUGUUGGGUUCACUAAGUUCAAAUCAUCUGUGUGCAUCCAUUCAUUCUGCAUCAACAGGAUUCCUCAUUCUAUGCCAUCACAUGUUCCUCAAUCUCAUGUUGGGCAUUUUAACUCGAUACCAGCAAUGUCAUCCCUUCCACAGUGGCAGAACCAGCAGGCUGCAUCAGAGGGUGCUCAAUUAUCUACACCGAAUCAACUGACUUCAUCCCAAACUGAUCACAACCUUAUGAGAUCAGAUGCAAAGUAUGAGUAUGAAGUGUCUGUUAAUGGACAAGGAUUUCAUCCUGGUUAUCUGGACAUUCACAACAGUCAAGGGACGGAGCCUGAUCCUGUAAUUUCAUCGUCUACUGGGGAAGCACAGGUCCUUGAGUCGAUGGAUAGAAGUUACGUGGUUUCCUCCCAACCUGAGCAGAGCUUGCAACAGAUUUCUUCCCAAUUUAGUGAUUCCUUAAGACUGAAUUCUCUUGAUCAAAACAGUGAAGCAAAGGAGCAAAAUGUUUUGAGCUUUAGUGAUCAGGGAUUAGAUGGCCAAGUUUUGACAGACGAACAACAAAGUUCUGUCAGUGCAUCAUUGUCCGAAACAUCAAUGCAUUCAGUUAAUGCCAGUGAAGGCACUAUCAAUAAUGGUACUGUAGUAUUAUCUGAAUCAUUGAUCUCAACUGGGCAGACAAAUAUGGUGACCGUAGGGAAAACUUCAGAGACUGCCCUUCUUGAUGAAAGAUCUCUGUUGGCUUGCAUGGUUCGCACAAUUCCAGCUGGCGGUAGAAUUCGGAUCAAUUCAACGCUACCUAAUAGGCUGGGCAAGAUGCUUGCACCUUUACAUUGGCAUGAUUACAAGAAAAAGUAUGGAAAGCUUGAUGAGUUUGUGGCUGGUCACCCAGAAUUAUUUUUUAUUGAGGGCGACUACAUUCAACUUCGAGAAGGAGCUCAAGAAAUGAUAGCUGCUACAGCAGCGGUUGCUAAAGUUGCAGCAGCAGCAGCAGCAGCAGCAUCUCCUCCAUACUCAUCAUUUUUUCCUUCUGUGGCUGUUACUCCAAUGGCACAGUCUCACCGACUCAAGAAAGUUCCAUCAAUUGAUUCAAAACAGCCUAAUGGUGUUAGUUUUGAUACUGCUGGGGGUAUCUCAAAUGUAAAAAUUUUGAGUAAAUCGAAAGAUUCUCAGGAAAUGAAUGGAGCAGAUUUUGAUAGAUCAAGCAUAUCUAGCAACCAGAGCAAGGGGUCAAUGCAUGGGAGGUCUAACUUGAAUUUUGCUGGAAAGCAGCAGGGCAGGACAACUGGAGCUGCAUUAACAUCUGGAAGAUAGAGGAAAUGUGGAAUCAUAUAGAUAAAUAUAAAAUGGAUGUUAACAGGGGUUGUGAUGGAGCAUAUAUAGGGAUAAUCCGCGAUGGAAUGUGUUUAUUGCUGAUCGAAAUCGCCAGUCAGCUUUUGCUUAUAGAAAUUAUCUAUUGGACUGCUCAGUUGAUUCCCUUUUAAUUUAAUGUUUUUUUGGGAAAAAGAAAACAUUUGUUGAGUGUGUUUUGUGAUCCAAAAUGGAACAUUGGACUCUCUGCAGUGAUAUUCAUGCGCAAAAUUGCAUCUGUGCA